AUGACUGCAACAGACAUUACAACAGUUAGUAAAUUUACAGAAUUUAGUUUAUCAAAAGGAACGUGGCUCAUGAUGAUAUGGGGCGCCCAAGGUGGCUCAUUCGACCCUUCCAGUGGUCAUGGCGCAUAUUCAGAAGCAAUUUUGAAACUUGAUAAACAAACCACACUUUUCGCCUACGUUGGAGCUAAAGGGAAGUGUGGAAAUCAAGAUUUUGAAACCGGGCAAUAUGAAGGUGGAAAAAAUAGCAUCUGCGGUCCUUCACCCUGCAUCGGAGGGGCUGCUACAUUUAUUUCGACUGAUCCCUAUGGAAAUAACAUCCUCCUGAUCUCUGGUGCUGGAGGAGGCUCCGGCUACUAUGAUGGCGCAGAGUUCUUUGGCGGAGUUGGUGGCCCAUUUGCAGGAGAUGCACUGGGAGAAGCCACAAGAGUUAAUCCAGAAGAUGCCAAAAAGGUCAGAGGAAAAGGAGCAACAUCAUCACGGCCAGGAGCUGGCGGUGUUUACGUAGGAGCUGAUUACCAUCCUGCAGUGAAUGGAACGAUAGGAAAAUAUCUGAAAGGUGGAGAUGGAAUUUGCAGCGCUGCUGGAUCCGCAGGAGGUGGCGGAAGUGGCUACUUCGGCGGUGGUGGCGGCGCAGAUUUAGGUGGCGGUGGUGGCGGAAGCAGCUAUGCAUCACACGACCUGUAUAAUGUCGUUUUACUUGGUGGUGACAAAACAUUCAGAUCACCACAAAACAAAGUCGUCAUUGGAAAUUCAGGAAAUGGAUAUAUCCGAAUUCAACCAUCAGAUCCUUUCACCCUUGAGAGAAAUAAAGUUGUUUUUAAAUGCACUAAUAUAAUUAACAACAACUUCAUCAUCUAUUCUUUGCAAUAUUUUGUUUUUACCAUGAAUUGUCUUGUUUUAUUUGUUUAA